GCAAAACUCUCCCGGAGCUCUUCUCUCUUCCCCUCCUCUUUUGUUUCAGUAUUUAAUUGCAUGCAUUUCAGGAUUACUAGGCAACCCACCCCCAGAUGUGUAAUUGAAAGGUGAUGUGCUUGCAGUGAGAUUUUCGGGAUCUGCUCGGCAGAGCCCCAUCAUGUGAUGCUGGGAUAAGGUGGAGUUCGGCUUUAAGGGGGAGUCUCCAGCCUUCCCCACCAAUCUUUAGCAUCUCAGCUGGAGGAACACCGGAGGAUCUUUUCCCUUCCCCUAUUCCUUCUUCUCCCUGCAUCCCCCGAGAAGAUCGCGGAUAGGCGGAGCUGUUAGAAGGUCUUGCCAUGGAGAUGCAGCAUCGAGAAGUGGGCUCUGCAGAGGAGCUCCUCGUGGGCUGACUGACAUAUAUUGAAGGUCAGGAGCGGUUUGGAUGAGACCUGUGGCUGCUGAGAGUAUUGAUCAGCGAGCUGGAAAAAAACAACCAAACAAACAUGAAUGCUUCGUUUCUUGAUCCUCUGGAAAAUAACUCCAGACACCUGAACUUUUCGGAGAAGAACUCGCAACUCUUGCAGUUUGAAGACGAGGACUGCCACGUGCCUUUGGCCAUGGUCUUCACCUUGGCCCUGGCUUAUGGGACCGUGAUAAUCCUGGGAGUCUCUGGGAAUCUGGCCCUGAUUGUCAUCAUUUUGAAACAAAAGGAAAUGCGCAAUGUUACUAACAUCCUCAUCGUCAACCUGUCCUUUUCUGACCUUCUAGUGACCAUCAUGUGUCUUCCCUUUACCUUUGUGUACACUUUAAUGGACCACUGGAUUUUUGGGGAGGCCAUGUGCAAAUUGAACCCUUUCGUGCAAUGUGCCUCAAUCACCGUCUCGGUCUUUUCUUUAGUUCUGAUUGCUAUCGAACGCCAUCAGCUGAUCAUCAACCCCCGUGGCUGGAGGCCAAGCAACAGGCAUGCCUACAUGGGGAUUGCUGCCAUAUGGGUUUUGGCCACGGCUUCCUCCUUGCCUUUCCUGAUUUACCACGUGCUGACAGACGAGCCCUUCAGAAACAUAACAUUUGAUGAAUAUAAGGACAAAUACGUGUGCCUCGACCUCUUCCCCUUGGACACUGCCCGGCUUUCUUAUACCACCACUCUUCUGGUGAUUCAGUACUUUGGACCGCUUUGUUUUAUAUUUAUUUGCUACUUAAAGAUUUACUUUCGCUUGAAAAAAAGGAGCCACAUGAUGGACAAGAUGAGAGACAGUAAGUACAGAUCCUCUGAAACCAAAAGGAUCAACAUCAUGCUGAUCUCGAUCGUGGUUGCCUUUGCAGUUUGCUGGCUUCCUCUCACCAUUUUCAAUAUCGUGUUUGAUUGGAACCAUGAAAUUCUGCCCGUUGCUACCUGCAGCCACAACCUGCUGUUCCUGAUCUGCCACCUCACUGCCAUGAUCUCCACCUGCGUGAACCCUAUUUUCUAUGGGUUUCUCAACAAGAACUUCCAGAGGGACCUGCAGUUUUUAUUUCACUUCUGCCACUUCCGCUCCCGUGAGGAAGAUUACGAGACUAUAGCCAUGUCCACCAUGCACACAGAUGUCUCAAAAACCUCUCUAAAGCAGGCGAGCCCAGUCGCAUUUAAAAAAAUAAACAGUGAUGACGAUGACAAAAUAUAAAGAAGUAAUAAUAAUUCUACACCAAACCUCUGGAAGUUCGCCCGCAGGUGAAAUGUGCCCAAGGACAAGCACAAUUAUGUAACAAGUACAAAAUGGGUAAUGCUUUUCUUCUUUUUCCAAGGAACUUUGAUUGUUGUCCCUUUGAAAUGUUAUGCUGUGCAUUUUUUGCCCCUUACUCUGCUUUAAUGUUCACAGCAGUUACAUCUGAAUCUUAUUAUUAAAAAGUGGCUGGACUUGCUCCUACCUAUGGUUUUCAGCAACUUUCUCUUGUUCUGUUUCUUUGUACAGUUAUGUACUUGAGCACAAAGACACACUUACUGAUUUUUAUUUUUUUAAGUUUUUAUUAUUACUAUUAUUUUUUUCCCCAAAUAAUUAGUUCUCAGGAUUGUCCAUUUAAGACCAUUGCGGUAUGAAGCGCGUAUGAACUGCAGGGAGGCUGUCCCUACAGAGGACACCCAUCCCAACAUAAAAUUAGGACAUUCUGUUUGGAAGAGUUGUCCCCUUGUUUGUUUUUGUUGUUUUUAAUCUGUCUUUUGAUGAAUUUAAAAAUCCCGUGAGCGUAGUGGAGGCAUGCACAAAACGAUUCUGAGAAACCCAUAGGUCACGUUAAAUGGGGACAUGCCUUUGGCUCAUUCAGAGAGGCAAUUCAGACUGUAAUGACUUUGGUUCAAAGGCAGGAUUAGGAGAGAAAUUCUGUUCUCAUUUACGAGAAGAAAAACCUGGAGUAAUUCCACAGAACACAAUGGGAUAACUCGGAUUUUCACCACAGCAAAUGAAAGCACAAAUGGGCCUUUAAUCCCAAAUUAUUACAGCUGAUUUUAGUAAUGCAGGCUUUUUUAAUUUUCAAAAACCCAAACCCCAUUUUCAUCUGCCAUCACUGGAAGACUGGGAUGAAAUCUGCUGUCAGUCCCAAGCCUAUGAACCAUGUAAAUUCUCCUUAUGUCCUUUGUAUGAAUGUCAAGAAUCUGGAGGGAGGUGGUCAUGUUUGUUUUCUGUACAAGGUGUGAUUCCAUCCUUGCAGACGAUGUUACAAAUCAGGUUUGGGAUUAAAAAAAAACAAAAAAUAGCUGUAGCUACCUGAAUCAUUUCCUAAUAAUUAGUGCUGAUCUGUACAAAUGAUGUAUAGCCUCAUUAUAUUCUGUGUUCAGACGCGAUGAUAUAAACCUGGAUUAUCUCCAAGAUGAUGGAUGACUUAACUAAGAUCUGCAAAACUUAAAAGGAGGAUAUAGUGUGGUUGCAAUUGGAACAUUUUGCUUCCACAGUUGACUGAAGUGUGGGAAUAUUUGCCAAAUGUACACAAUAGAGCUCUGUGUUACUGCUUAAAAUAUAUAUCCUCUAAUUACACGAAAUGUACGUGACUAGAUCCCCAGCUGAGGGAAGCCUGCAUCACUUGGCUGCUGUAAAUGAAACGAUACCAAUAUCAGCCAGCUGAGGCUCUACGUCAUAUAGUGCACUUUGCUAUAUAAUCAAUGCCUUUUCAAAUAAUCAGCUUUUUAAAGUACAAUAUAGUCUUCGUUUAGCAAUAUCGCUUUGUACCCUUCUGACACAGAAGAGUGUCUUUAAAACAGGUGUAAAUGUAGCAUCAGUGGGAACCAAAUCUGAUAUCUUUCAGAUCUCAAGAAGAUCUCAGGAUGCGAUGGUGAAUUUAAUACGCUCUAAAUUAGAUAUGGAUAACUGUCUGAGAAAGGAAGAUUAUUCGGUUUGCCAGCAUUUAAAAGUCCAGAACUGUGCCUUGUGCAGUCUUAAAAACAGUGUAGAAUAUUCAAGUAGCAAUGUGUUCUUGUGCUUUAUAAUUCAAUGUAUUUCUUUAUUGACAGAUAAUUUAAUUAAAAAGGAAGUUUCUGUACUUGAAAACAGAGAGAGAAUGUAUACAAUGAAUUAUAUGACAGUGCUUUCUUUCAGAGCCUUGCCCUUUCGUAUUUUAUGAGACGUCCCUUUUCUGGUGGCUCUUCAUGGAGUGUGUUGCUAAUAUGACAAGAGGCUCCUGAAAUUAUUCCCCUGUCACUUCACAGUAAUUUUGUUACACCAAAGGGUGUGUAUUUCCACUGAGAUGCACUGUAGAAACCCAGCUCUGUUCUUCUGCUAAGAAUGUCACAUCAUGGUUUUCCCAUUGGGGAAAAAAAAAUCACAGUGUAUUUUGAUUAUUAUUAUUGCUCCCAUUUAAAAGAAAUAAAGCAAAUCGUCACUUUCUUCAAAACCAGCCGGAGAAGACAACAAAAUUGCUUGGGGAAUUUUCCAGUUAGUUUGUUGGAAACACUUAAUCAAGCUGAAUUAGAAGCUUACACACAGGAGCUGUUGGUGCAUGGAGCUUCACAGGUCCUCAAUAGGACAGCAGCACACUUAGUCCCACACCAACCUUUCUCCUGCUGGUGCUACUGCCUCAAAUCACAGCAUCCAUCUCCCGAGGAUGUUUGCCUGGGGAUUUUUACCCUCCUGUCUGAUAAUCAAGUGGGAGCUGGGCCAGCAGAUGCAAGCUAAAGCAUCCCUUCAGCUCAUCCGGGUGAAGCUCAGGAGCCAUCAUUCUGCUGCACUGCACCUUAGGAUCAGGUUUCUUUCCCACGUUUCCUCCUCUCCCUGUGAGAGGCAUGCUAUGCUGCCUUUCCUAAGGCUCCACAAAGGGUGCAGAUUCAUACGUACAGCACGGAAAUGCGUUUGUCAGCAGGAAAACACAUUUGGAGAAUUUCAGAAGCAAAAUCAUUGCUGUUUGAAAAGAAUCUUUUAUGAGAACAAAGAUAAAAGAAAUCUUCCUGAGGUGCUGACCUGACAUCUGCAGGGGGUAGAUGACAUCUGCAGAGAGCAGUAUUUUUGUCACAGGUUGCAUGACUUGACACUAGAGUCCUCAAAAGCUGCUGGAGAUGUUUUCCUCCAGACAUCUGGCUCCAGCACUAAUCCUCUCUUGCACUUUCACAUCUCCAGCAUGGCUGCUCAUCCUAUGUGCUACAUUUCUAGAUAGGGCAAACUGUUGGGUUUCAUGUUUCUGAAUCAUUUUUCAAUCGUUCUGUUUCCAUUCUUCUUCUUCCUAUGUGCUGUCAAACUCUCCCCAUUUCAGCACGCACUGAUUCCUAUCCUAAAAGCCUGAAGACUUCAUUUAUUCUUUCAGACUGGUGGAAACCAAAGGAAUCUGACAGAAACACAGACAGUGAGGGAUCUAUAAGGUAACUUAGCAUUUCUGUGCACCACAGCUUCCACAUAUAUGCUUAAACCCAUCCCCAUUUAUUCAGUUUUGAUUCUGAGUUCAUGUGAAUGAACUGAGAUGAAACAGUGAAAUUGGAGAAUUUGCUUAAUCAUUUGCCUAAGCACUCUUACAGAAUGAUGGUGAACUGCUGGCGGGGACUUCACAUCCUUUCCUAAAAGACAAAACAUAACAAAACAGACUUUGGAUUUCAGAUUAUCACAGAAAUAAACCUGCAUAUAGAUUUUCCUGGCAGUUUUCCUCUGGAUUUUUCUUUGUAGUCCAGUGCCUGACAAUACUUGAAGUUAAUGCCUUGCUUCAACUCAGUUCUUGGUGAAAAGAAUUUACCAAAGCAGUAGAUACAGAAUGAAGGCAUUAAGAAACUUUAUUUUUUUUAAACAAAAUUAGAGUAGGAAAUGUGAAUUUAAAUACCACCUUCAUCUACAAGAGGCUAAAAUAAAUCGGUUGAGUAUCAACAGUGGAGAAAUUAUAACUAAUACAUCAUUUUAAAGUUGAUGUGAAAGAAAAUUCUUUUUUUUUAUCCAUGUUUUGCAGAAUUUCAAGUGUUUGAGGAUUACGUGUAAGAGGGGGAAUAAGUAUGACUGGUGUUAGUCCCUUAUACCUUAAUUUGCCUGUGGCCCAAAGUAAUUUUCAUACCAUGUUUCUGCCCACGCUAAACAGUGUUUAUAUUCCAAUUGAAGCCGAAACUUUGCAGAUGAAGGAGGGCAUCCACAAAGACUAGCUUUAGGGUAGUUUCCCUCAUCUCCUUCAGUGGCAAUUCAAGGGCAUGCACACCUGCUCUACCAUCUGCCAAAGUGUUUUUCUCUCCAUUAUCUCCAUGUAACACCAUGUACAUAACAGCAGAAGGAUGGCCAGCUUCCAGGGCAAGCGCUGCUGAAUUCUUCCUCCCUCGUUUCAUGCUCUGUGAUGUUCCUUACACCUUUGGAAGGCGUUUCCUGAGGAAGCCUCAGGAAUUUGUACUCUGGUUUCGUAAAGCCCAAGAGCAAAAUUCAACUGUGUGAAGGACAGUGCUGUGAGCAUGAGGUCAACUUUCAACAAUUCCUUCCACAGAAAUUCUCUUCCAGCAGGUUCCUGGUAGGCAAGCCUCUCAGAAUUUGCACUCCAUACAAGUCCAAAAUUCACAAAGCCUAUGGAGGUUGGAAACAUGUCCAUACAAAAUAUCCGGCACAUUAUAGCAAUAUUGACAGUGCACUGCGUUUCACAAUUCCUGGAGAUCUGUUCUUCUGACAUCAGUGAGUCUACAUUGCAAGAAACUUGCACCAGAUGCAACAGUUUCUGAGGUCACUGCACAGGGGACCCUAACUUCCCACAAAUCAUGCUAAAUUUCAGAGACACGGGGAAAUAGACGGAGCUUGGAAAAGAGCAGAAGGUACAGAUGAAGCCUCGAUGUGUUCUGACAGAUACAGACAAAAAGAUUAAAAGGCAGACUCAUCUGUGUUUCUGUUUGGAGUCAACAAGCUGGUAUGUAAAUGUUUCUAAGGCAAAUCUGUGGUCCAAAGAUCGUGUAGGAUUAAUGGCUUCUCUGCAUCUGUUUCCGAAAAAAGGGACAUGGAUCUACAAAUGCAAAUACAUCGGAAGGUUCUUCAUCUUAGACGAAUGUAAAUCUUUUUUAAAGAUGAAGAAAACAAAACAUUUUUGGCAAAACCAAAAAAGGACAGCUUUUCCUUGCACCCACCCACAGGCACAUGGGUCCAUUUUCUUUCUGCAUGAAAUGGAGAACAUUUGUCUACGGCAGGAGGAGCAACACUGAAGCAGGCUUGUCUUUCGUGCUUCAUGUUCAUACUGAUACUGUGCUGCUAUUUUUCACUCUGCAAUCUUCUUUUGUUUUCCCCCC